GACAGACCAGGGGCCUCCAGUCCCUGACAAGAUCUGUCCUCUAGACAUGGCACUGGGCCCCCAUGGUCCCCAGCCCCGUGGCCACGCACGGGUGCAGACAGCCUAGACCCGGCCACCUAUGGCCUGUGCUGUGGCCCAGAUCCAGACACAGAUGGCUCCUGCCGUGGAUGCAGGGGAUGUGGUGUCUCCGGCGGUGGACCUGGUGCUGGGUGCCUCAGCCUGCUGCCUGGCUUGUGUAUUCACCAAUCCCCUGGAGGUGGUGAAGACCCGUCUACAGCUACAGGGUGAACUGCAGGCCCCAGGCACCUACCCACGGCCCUACCGGGGCUUUGUGUCUUCUGUCGCAGCCAUCGCCCGGGCAGAUGGGCUGUGGGGCCUGCAGAAGGGGCUGGCCGCUGGCCUUCUCUACCAGGGCCUCAUGAAUGGUGUCCGUUUCUACUGCUACAGCCUGGCAUGCCAGGUUGGCCUCACCCAGCAACCGGGUGGUACUGUGGUCGCAGGUGCUGUGGCUGGGGCAUUGGGAGCCUUUGUGGGAAGUCCUGCUUACCUGGUCAAGACCCAGCUGCAGGCCCAGACAGUGGCUGUUAUGGCCGUGGGGUACCAGCACCAGCAUCAGAGUGUCCUGGGUGCCUUGGAGACCAUCUGGCGCCAGCAGGGCCUACUAGGGCUGUGGCGGGGUGUGGGUGGGGCUGUGCUCCGAGUCACAGUGGGCUCAGCUGCCCAGCUGGCCACCUUCGCCUCCUCGAAGGCUUGGGUACAGGAGCGACAGUGGCUUUCGGAGGACAGCUGGCUGGUAACCCUGGCUGGAGGCAUGAUCAGCAGUAUAGCUGUGGCUGCCAUCAUGACUCCCUUCGACGUGGUCAGCACUCGGCUAUACAACCAACCGGUGGACAGAGCCGGCAGGGGCCAGCUGUACGGGGGCCUCACCGACUGCCUGGUGAAGAUCUGUCAGCACGAGGGACCCCUGGCACUCUACAAGGGCCUAGGCCUUGCCUACCUGCGCUUGGGCCCCCACACCAUCCUUAGCAUGUUCUUCUGGGAUGAGCUACGGAAGCUGGCCGCAAGGGCCCAACACCAGGGCACCUAGCCUUGUCCCUCACCCCGCCGCCGCCAAGCCUGGCAUUGGUGGAAGUGAUGGCCUGCUUCAGUAGGACUGCCUGCCCAGAGCCAGCUUGAGUCAGGCCCUGCCACAGGUCAGGGGAGUGACCCGGGGACCAGUCCCAGGACUAGUUCACCCCAAGUCACUGCCCCUCACCCCCUUCCUCUCCCUGGGUUACCGUGCCCUAGCGCAUUGUCACAGUAGCGCCUGCGUACAAGGGUCCCGUGAGCAAAUCCACUCAGUGGUAUCGGUGUCUCAGUCCUCUGCCCACUGUGUGACCACACAAGCCUUGCUCAGAACAGGGAAACUGAGGGAGACAUCACUCUGGCGGGGGUCACAUGGCUUUCUGGUGACAGAACCAGGAGUACAGUUUGACUCUGCCUACCCCGUCCUAUGCUCUCAGCAAGGGAACUGUCAGGACUGUUGGGCAGCGGAUCCCUCAGAGGCCACUGCACGUGAGGAGACUUAUGGUUGGGCCACGAGGGAAGCCUUGGUGUCCCCAGACUCUGGCUAGCUAAGGCCAGUUAUGGAUCAAAGUUCUAAAACCUUGAGAACUUGAACACCAAAAACCUAUUUUCUUACUUUCGGAAGCCCAGAAGCCCAAGAAGGUAUUGGCAGUGUUAGUGUCUCUCUCUCUCUCCUUUUAUUUCUGUUAUUUGUGGUACUGUGGUGGAACCAGGGUCUGGACAUGUUAGUCACAUGAUCUGGGACCUACACCCUCAGCCCAGGGCUGACUUCUCCAGAGACUUCUCUCCUUGAGAGGCUUCUUCCCAGCGCUUACCAUCUUCUCCGUGUGUUGGAACCACAUCAGCUUUUACCAGACUGGGGACAGGUCAGUCAGCAGAACGCCUGCCCGGGACUCAUGAGGCCCCGGGUUCCAUCCCCACCACCGAAUAAACUGGGCACAACGGCACAGGCCUGUAAUCUCAGCACUUCGGAGGUGGAGCCAGGAGGCUCAGGAGUUCAUUUUCAGCUACAUAGUGAGUUUGAGGCCAGCCUGGACUCCAUGAGAGGCAGAGGGGUGAGGGGGGAGAGAGGAGCAGAGCAGAGAAGGGGGGGAGAAAGAUGGAUAGAGAAAGGGAUAGGCAGAGGGAGGGGAGGGGAAGGGAGAGGGAGAAGAGACGGGAAUUCAGUUCUAUUGGAUAGGGUCGGCACAGGGACCGCAUGUUAAAUUAGAGAUGGCUGCCACUGUCUCCACAGACACCUCCUGAGGGACUUGGGUUAGGGCCUCAGCGUGGGUCUGGGAGCAUCCCUGAGUUCAGGCUUUAUUGAGGGCUUCCCAUUUGUGAACAUCCAGAGGGGCUCAGGAGAUGGGAGCCCAGGUAAGAGGGCGCCUGCCCACGCAAGUCACCGGGCAGUGCCAGAGCAGGGCCAACGACAGCCUCUGGGCCUUUGCUCCAGACUGCAGCCACCCUCCGGGAGACUGUUGAGAACCGAGGUGUGCUUGUAAGGCACCCAGUAACCAACCACCUUCCCCAAACACACCCCAAGUGCAAAAAACUGCUCUGGAUGAACACUCCAAUAAAGUUUUCUAUUUUGUGUAUCUUUCAUGACUCCCCUCUACUUCCCUGACCCUGACCCCCAAACCCUCUGCUCUCAAGCCUUUUCUAGGAAGAACCCAGAAACCAGCGGCCAACUGCCCAGGUGGGGCUUGCCACCUAGUGGACCCAAGAGGAACAGUAUGAA